AGAAUUACUAUAACCAAACCACUAGUCAAGCCCAAAUGCCGUAAAAUGUCAGGUAUGCCCUUUUCUACCAUGUUAUUGGUGUACUACUGAUAAUUGCUAACUGUACAACUUUCUUACUAAAAAUGCUUUUUUGUUUAAUUUCAUUUUGCCUAAUUAUUUUUAACCUUUUUUACAAUAAAACUACAAACAGAUACGCUCCAGACGAUUCUUUUUUAUACCAUUUUAUAGUAUGCAUGUUGUUCUUCGGAAUAAUUAACAAAUUUAAUCAACUCUCAGUCUGUUACUAACGACGUCACUUCCAUGUCUGGAACAUGGCAAAUCUUCCCAAUUAAAAGCUUGUCCCAUGAAUGGUUUUUCUUUUCCUUCUUUCUGGUACCACAUUUUUCACAUUCUUCCCUUUUGAAAUUUCUUCUUAUCACCGUGUACCAGAGCCUCAAAUCAAUGCUCAUUAAGGAAGCAAACGUAGCCGGUUGAGCUCUUAAUAAAUCACACACACACACACACCGCAAUCCCCACGCGUGAUGCUGGGUCAGUUCCGAGUUCCAAUCACGAUGCUGUGUCGUAGUGAUGUAACAGCCCAUGGUUGAGGGUACAAUUGAUUAAACGUGUAAUCCCGACAAGGAAGAUGAUAACGGCUGCUAAAAUUUCGACAACCAUUGCGCCCGAAAUUUACCGCCAAGCGUACCGGUGGUCAGUACGUGUGGACUGCUUGCUGUGAAAGGAUGGAGCACAAAUGUAGCUACUUCCCCAUCUGGUUGCUAGUCGUGGCCGUGUGCGUGGUGUUUCUGGUUCGACAUACAACCUACCCGAAUGCGGUUCUUCCUUCCAUCGGCAAGUUUAUGGCGGGUCCGCGACUUUUGCAUACGGUUAGAUUAGCAAAGGACCGACCGAUUCCCUUACGUCUUGCGGAGUUUCAUGAUGGUGCCGGGUGUGAUCGUGUCUGUACGGAGCAGGAAGCACCCCGGGUGUGCUAUUUCCGUUGGUUCGCGGAACAAUAUGCCGCGAUGGGAUCGGCGUGUGGUGACUGUCGUUGGGGUAACCGGAGCCACUGCUUUCACCCACAGUGCAUCACGGCGGACGGUAUGGAGCGUGGCGUGUUGGCACUUAACCGACGCAUUCCCGGACCCUCCAUACACGUCUGCCGGAACGAUCUGGUCGUGGUGGAUGUGAUUAAUCACAUGGAGGGGCUUGAAACUACGAUUCACUGGCACGGUGCACACCAGUACGAUACGCCCUGGAUGGAUGGGGUGCCAAUGAUAACACAGUGUCCAAUCCCGCACGGCACUGGCUUUCGGUACGCGUUUAAUGCUUCCGAACCGGGCACCCAGUUCUACCACUCACACGCGGGCCAUCAAAAAGCAAACGGACACUACGGAUUGUUCGUGGUUCGAUCGCCUAACGACAUCAAUCGGCAGCUGUACGAUUACGAUCAAAGCGAACAUCACAUCGUGAUUUCGGACUGGACGCUCGAUCUGGUGGAGAAAUUUGUGCCAGGACUGCAGAGCAGUACGGUGCGGAUGGACUCGAUACUUAUAAAUGGGCGCGGGCGCCAUUUCGAUGAAGAGGAACAAGAACUGCAAGUGCAAGCACCAUUAACAGUGUAUCGGGUGAAGAAAGGUUUUCGCUAUCGUUUUCGAUUGAUUAGCAGUGGCAGUCAAUUUUGUCCCUUCCAGCUACAGAUUGAAAACCAUCGAAUGCAGCUAAUUGCCACGGAUGGAGGCGCCGUGAAGCCCACCAUGAUCGAUACGCUCAUCUCCACCUCGGGCGAACGGUACGACUUUGUCCUGUCGGCAAAUCAGAAAUCAGGUACGGCUGCAUCAUUCCCGUUCCCGUUCCCGUUCCCGUGCUCGCACGAAUCAUUAACUUUUAACCAUAUUCCACCAACCUUCUCCAUUCUCCACCGUCCGCUCUUUGUAGGUAACUACUGGGUGCGAGUCCGUGCCAUCGGCUUUUGUAACGUCGAGCGAAGGGAAGAGUUUGCCGUCCUGUCGUACAUCGAUGAAGCGGACAGCGUGUCGGUAGAGGAACUAGCCUACCCGAAGCACACGCCACCUACCUGGGACAAACGAUUCCCUACGGGGACGGUACUCAACAAUCCAAACGCCACGUGCUACGUACCGGACGAUGGCGAUCUGUGUGUGGCCGAUCUGGAAUCGCACGAAGUCCACCGGGACGAUGCACUGAUCGAUGCGGCCCCGGACAAAACGUUCCGCAUCCUGUUCAACACGUUCACCGCCGAUCCGGCCAUUCUGUUCUCCGACCAAGGUUACGUCCGGUACAUGACCGUCGUACUCACGCUCAACAACAUUGGCGUCACGAACAACAUCAGCAUGGUGUUCCCGGACUUUCCGCUGCUCACGCAACCGGAACUGAUUGGCGGCGACGGGAUGUUCUGCAACAACACGCACCGGCCCGAGCGCUGCAAACCGCACCACGCCUGCUUCUGUCUGCACCGGCUGAAGGUGGCCCUCAAUGACGUGGUCGAGAUGUCGCUGAUCGACGACGCGGAAGUCGUCCGCGAUCUGUACCAUCCGUUUCAUCUGCACGGUCACCGUUUCAUCGUAACCGGGAUGGGUCAACUGCCACAGUUCCGGACGCAGAGUGAAAAGGUGGACUUUGUCGAGCGGAGUCACCGGCAUGCCCGCACGAUGCCCAGUGACCAUAACCCACCUUACAAGGAUACCGUAUCGGUACCAUCGCGUGGCUACACUCGCAUCCGCUUCCGGGCGGACAAUCCAGGAUUUUGGCUGGUACACUGUCACUUCGAGUGGCAUCUCGGUAUCGGGAUGAGCUUUGUGCUGCAAGUGGGCGAGGUAGAGCAGAUGAAAAAGCCCCCGAGGGACUUUCCACGAUGUGGCAGUUACAAACCGGACAUCUACUCACAGCACUAGAGGGACGUGUGUGUGCGUUAAUAAUGGUUGUUUUUUUUGUUGU